CACGUGUGAUCUCGAAAGUUCACACCAUCGUACGGACUCUGUUACUCGCCGUGGAUGCCCCGGACUUGGAAUGGCCUUGAAGCUUGAAGCAGAGGCUAGAUUGAGUUGCAAUUCCAAGUGCGAUUCAUCGUGACUGCUUGCAACUGAGCAAUCAGAGUGCAACUACAUCACUUGCACCUUCGUGGCACUUACAUAGCCAUAAAUUGUGAGCCAACAACUCCGAACCCGACCAGAGUUCACACCACCGGGUCGAGCGGACAACUGGUGCAGCGUUUUUGACCCUGUGAAACAACGACAAUUCGCCUCCGCGUCACAUUUUCCUCCGUGAUUCAAUCAGCUCCGCGUUCUGGUGAUGGAUGGUCAUUCGAAGAAUACUGCCUUUUCCUUUCCCGAUGGCGACGUGAUCCUGGUUUCCUCCGACGGCCUCGAGUUUCAAGUCCAUAAACUCAUCCUCUCUCUCGCAUCCCCAUUUUUCCGUGACAUGUUCAAGUUACCUCAAGUGGAAUCCCCGAAGCCAUUACAAUCUGUCACCAUGACGGAGGAUGCAGGGACUCUGGAAGCAUUGCUCAAGAUUGUGUACCCGACUGAAGCUGAGGAUGUUAGCCCCGAGGUGGCAAUUAGUGCUUGCCGUGCGGCUGAAAAGUUGCAGUUCUCCAAAGUCUCAUCAAUGAUGCACUAUCGGUUGCAACCUAUCCUAGAAACGCUUAAGAACCCCUUGGAAGCAUGGGCGAUCGCUGUACAGUUGAACUCCCGCCAGCUCUCCAAGGAUGCCAGAAUUCGGUUCAUUAAAGCGAAUACGAGGGACUGCUUCAAUCCCCGGCCGAAGCAUCUGAACGUGGUUCCUGUGGAACGCUAUGCGGCACUGAUCAACGAAAAGGAGGUUAUCAUUAAAGAGGCGAGAUCCAAGUUGGUAGAAACCUUGAUCUACGGGUAUCAAGGCUCCAUCGGCAGGCCUGCUUGCUUAGACCCUCGGUGUCGGACUUGCGGAACCUUUGCAGAGGCCUAUGUCUUUUUGACCAGCAACUUAAACCCAUUUGAUCCUGCAUGCACUUCCAUGACUAUACUUCGAGAAUGCUUUGGGCGAGCGCUGUUGGAGAAUCGCUCAUGCCAGAGGUGGAAGGCGGGUGCACCUCCUGAUGAAUCCGAUCGGGAGGCAAUGCAAUCGAAGCUUAGAGAGGCGUUGUCGUUGGUGACCUAGCGGAUCGGUCUGGAUACCCGCUUAUGUGGACGACAAGAGUUUAACUGUACGCCACAUCCGUGCCAGUAUAUAUAGUGAUAGUGCUGGAUGUCAUAUUAUCUUAUCGCAACCAUAGUUAAUUGAACAGACCCUGAAUAUAGCCUGCUAGCAGCUCAGCUGUUUGGCAUAUGCGUAUGGUGUAG